ACGACAACAACUACAGCUGCCCCAACCACAACCACAACUACAGCUGCCCCAACAACAACCACCACAGCAGCACCAACAACAACCACAACAACCGCCCCCACGACAACAACUACAGCUGCCAUAACCACAACAACUACAGCUGCCCCAACAACAACCACAACCACCGCCCCCACGACAACAACUACAGCUGCCCCAACAACAACCACAACAACCGCCCCCACGACAACAACUACAGCUGCUCCAACAACAACCACAACAACCUCCCCCACGACAACAACUACAGCUGCCCCAACAACAACCACAACAACCGCGCCCACAACAACAACUACAGCUGCCCCAACAACAACCACCACAGCAGCGCCAACAACAACCACAACAAUCGCACCCACGACAACAACUACAGCUGCCCCAACCACAACCACAACUACAGCUGCCCCAACCACAACCACAACAGCUGCCCCAACAACAACCACCACAGCAGCACCAACAACAACCACAACAACCGCCCCCACAACAACAACUACAGCUGCCCCAACCACAACCACAACAGCUGCCCCAACAACAACCACAACAACCUCCCCCACGACAAUAACUACAGCUGCCCCAACAACAACCACAACAACCGCGCCCACAACAACAACUACAGCUGCCCCAACAACAACCACCACAGCAGCACCAACAACAACCACAACAACCGCCCCCACGACAACAACUACAGCUGCCCCAACCACAACCACAACUACAGCUGCCCCAACCACAACCACAACAGCUGCCCCAACAACAACCACCACAGCAGCACCAACAACAACCACAACAACCGCCCCCACAACAACAACUACAGCUGCCCCAACCACAACCACAACAGCUGCCCCAACAACAACCACAACAACCUCCCCCACGACAAUAACUACAGCUGCCCCAACAACAACCACAACAACCGCGCCCACAACAACAACUACAGCUGCCCCAACAACAACCACCACAGCAGCACCAACAACAACCACAACAACCGCCCCCACGACAACAACUACAGCUGCCCCAACCACAACCACAACUACAGCUGCCCCAACCACAACCACAACAGCUGCCCCAACAACAACCACCACAGCAGCACCAACAACAACCACAACAACCGCCCCCACAACAACAACUACAGCUGCCCCAACCACAACCACAACAGCUGCCCCAACAACAACCACAACAACCGCCGCCACGACAACAACUACAGCUGCCCCAACAACAACCACAACUACAGCUGCCCCAACCACAACCAUAAAAGCUGUCCCAACAACAACCACCACAGCAGCACCAACAACAACCACAACAACCGCCCCCACGACAACAACUACAGCUGCUCCAACAACAACCACAACAACCUCCCCCACGACAACAACUACAGCUGCCCCAGCAACAACCACAACAACCGCGCCCACAACAACAACUACAGCUGCCCCAACAACAACCACCGCAGCAGCGCCAACAACAACCACAACAACCGCCCCCACGACAACAACUACAGCUGCCCCAACCACAACCACAACUACAGCUGCCCCAACCACAACCACAACAGCUGCCCCAACAACAACCACCACAGCAGCACCAACAACAACCACAACAACCGCCCCCACAACAACAACUACAGCUGCCCCAACCACAACCACAACAGCUGCCCCAACAACAACCACAACAACCGCCGCCACGACAACAACCACCACAGCAGCACCAACAACAACCACAACAACCGCCCCCACAACAACAACUACAGCUGCCCCAACAACAACCACAACAACAGCUGCCCCAACAACAACCACAACUACAGCUGCCCCAACAACAACCACAACUACAGCUGCCCCAACCACAACCACAACAGCUGCCCCAACAACAACCACCACAGCAGCACCAACAACAACCACAACAACCGCCCCCACAACAACAACUACAGCUGCCCCAACAACAACCACAACAGCUGCCCCAACAACAACCACAACAGCCACACCCACAACAACAACUACAGCUGCCCCAACCACAACAACUACAGCUGCCCCAACAACAACC